ACAAGCGCGAGAGGAGCAGGACUAACGUCACGGGGUUUAUUACGCGUAAAAAUAAUAUUUUACGCGUAAGAAACAGAGGCACUUCAGCGUUCCAAUCAUCGCAAUGUCUCCUCUACAUCGGAUUUAUGUUUUGUCAUCUUUGACAGCAUCCUUGUAGAGGGAAACCUUGUGAAUCUGACAUUUUGUGGUUCUGCUGCAAAGCUCGCGAGAGGGGUUACUUUACAGUUCCGCAAACAGAAUAAGGAAAACAUCAUUGGGGAAAGGGAGAGAUUGGCAUAAUACAAGGUAAGGAGUCACCAAACCACCAUGGCAUGGCCCUGUAUCACCAGAGCCUGCUGUAUGGCUCGGUUCUGGAACCAGCUGGAUAAGGCCGACAUUGCGGUGCCAUUGGUGUUCACCAAGUACUCGGACAUGUCCGAGAUGCAGCAUCUUAACCUGCAUCAGCCCGCGCGGAAGCAGCCGCACAUGAUCGCCAUAGAAACGCAGCCGCUUCACAGCGAUCACAAUGUGGUGACCAAAGGACCACCAGCCCCUGAGGAGAAUAUCCGCGGGUCCGUGAUGCGCCAGGACUUUAAACACUGGAAAGUUCGUCCUGAGCCCAGCUGCAAGCCCAAGAACGAGUACCACGAGCCAGAUGUUCCUUUUAACAACGAGACCCAAUAUCAGAAGGACUUCAAGCCCUGGCCUAUCCCAAAGAGGGGGGACCAUCCUUGGAUUCCCAAACCCUCUCCGACCAUCUCAGUGGGCAAUGACCGAAUCCCUGACAGAUCCAAAUACACCCACGCCAGCACAGAGAUGGACAGUGGGGUGGAAAAGAGCGAGAUUGCUGACAAGGUGCAAGAGAAGGAGAUCCUGUCCAGUGAAAGGAAAAAGAGGCAAAGCAAGAAAGUGGUUUCUGGCGUUAAGUUUGAGGGGCAAAGCGCAGGGGAUGCCACAACUACAGAAGGGAAAGGGAGGGUGGCAGUGGAUGCCCUCAACCGGCAGAUCAAACAGGAAGUCACCUCUGGCAGCUCCUACAGGACUGAGUUCAAAGCCUACACAGAUGUGAAACCUGUGAAACUCAUCAGGGCCAAGUUUCAGUAUCAGCCUCCUGAAGCGAGAACUGAUCUUCAAACAAGCUACAGCGCCACCUACAAGGGCUACCAGUCUAAACUGCAGCCCGAUGACAACAAGGCGCUGGAGAGAAGGAGGAUUCGCACACUGUACCAUGAACCUUACAGAGAGCCUAGUAAGGUGGAGAGAACAAGUCUUCCUCGUUCCAAACCAAAAAAGAGCACCUCAACAUCCGCCACCCCUGGCAAACCACUGAAGAAGUCCAAGGAGAAGCAGGUGACUUCGAUACGUGGUUCGAAGAAGAAGAGCUCCGAAAACAAGCCAGAGAGUAGAGCGGCACCAGGCGACAAGGAGAAAAGUAAAGAGAUCAACAACAAACUGGCUGAGGCGAAAGAGUAAAAACCAUUGCACUUCUUUCAUUUAAUCUCUUCCUGAAAGGGUGAAAGCAGAAUGAAGGCUGCAAAAUGAUUUAAUAAGAGGUUCUCAUUCCUUUACUGUUCUGUCUAUUGCUGCCCCCUUCUUUCACAUCGACCUCUCUAUAUCUAACUACCCAGCUAAAAAGCUGGUUUGCUGGUCUUAGCUGGUUUAGGCUGGUCUAGCUAGUAUCCCUGCUUGACCAUCUGAAAUGUGCCCAAAACCCCUCUAAAACUAGCCAACAGACCGGCAUGACCAGGUUUGGAGACCUGCUAAGACCAGCAAACCAUCUAAGGCUGGUUUAAGAAGUUGUUGUUUUUCAGCAGGGUACCUCACUUGUUUUUCCUUACUGGAUAUUUCAGAUCCUUCCCCUACCUCUCCCUUGUCUCUCUUUCUCUCACGCACUCUCUCUUUUCACCUCUUCCUUUCUAAGGGGUCAGUGGGCUGUUUUUCACUCAAAAAAAAAAAAAAACAUUUCAGGGUUGGAUUGAUGUUUUUCUCCUUUUUUUGGUCUCCCAUCACAUACAGUCGCGCCAGUAAUAUCAAAGUGUUUGCAUUUACUAUAGCUCCACCCACUCUCCUCAUCUCCACGGCGAUGUUUCCAUGGCAACCACUUUACUGGUCGGCCAGUGGAUGCUUUUAUCAUGCAUGGAGUAUGUACAUUUUACUUCCCAUCAGAUGCACAGACUGGUGGGUUUCAUUUAUCAAGGGCUUUAAACAGAUUCAGAAUUAUUUCAGAUAGGCUUUUUAAGAUCAGGUUUAUGUACAUUUGCCAACAUAUUGUAUAAUGGCCAAUAAAGGCAAGAUAAAAAUCUUUGAUAAAUGUGUGACUUUAGUUGUGAGAAUGAAUCAAUUCUGUUCUCUGCUCGCUUUGCCUGUUUUAUGUUGCAAUUUUAUUGAUUGAACACCCUAAGCUCCCAAGUGAUAUGUUAUGAUGUCAAAUCAUUUUGGUGCUGUAUUGUUCAUUAGUAUUGCGUUUAUUUGUUUGCAAGUUUUGAGAACCAUUCCACAUCAUAAAAAUGUUGUUGAGUCAUUAUAGGAACAUAAUAUUUCCUAAUAGCUUUAAAUUAUCUUUCAGUUACACUGAUGAUCAGUGGUCAUACAGUAAUUAGACCUUGUUUUAGCCCACUUUGUUGCCUGAACAACCAACUGGAUUUAAUGUAAUAUGAUAUUGCAUUAUGGGAUGUACUGUAAAUUUGUCUUUGGAUAGAAUAGGAUUUAAAUGUUGGCUGUGACAUUAUGUGCAAAACAAGCCUGUGGAAAAUCAAAUUAUUUCACACUGAAAGAUGUUUUUGGGCAUUUUUUUUUAAUAGUUUAGUUAUCAGGCUUUGGUGGGUUUCUAUUAGAGGUUGACCGAUAGUAGAUUUUGUCAAUACCAAUUAAGGUGGUGGGAAGGGCAGAUAACCGAUUAAUUGGCUGAUAGUUUUUCAAAUUGAUUUAUAGACUGUCAAAAAAUUUCUUGUUCUUUCCUUAGUAUGACAGGCACAGACAAAGAGUCCUACAUUAAUAAAAUCCCAGAUUAUCCCAGUUUAUUGUUCAACCAGAAUCCAGGUUGGCAGUGGUGGCUCAGCGGUUAAGGCUCUGGGUUACUGAUCAGAAGGUCGGGGGUUCAAGCCCCAGCACCGCCAAGAUGCCACUGUUGGGCCCUUGAGCAAGGCCCUUGACCCUAACUGCUCCAGGGGUGCCAUAUCAUGGCUGACCCUGCACUCUGACCCCAGCCUAGCUGGGAUAUGUGAAAAAAAGAAUUUCACUGUAUAUGUGCAAAUGUGUGAUAAAUAAAUAUAAUUAUGAUUAAUUAUAAAUUAUCCUUAAAAUAACCAGAAAAAAUUCAGAGUUGGUGCACAACUCAGAACUUUUUAGUAUAAACGAGCCCAAAAUAUUCUUAUUUUUCUUAUUUUGAAAUGAUGAAAAAACUAUCUGCAAAUAUCGGCAUCAAUUUUUGCAGAUUACGAAAGUUUCAAAAAGCAACUAUUUGCACCAAUUAAUCGGUAAAACCGAUAUAUCGGUCUACCUCUAGUUUCUAUCACAUCAUACAUCACAAGACACACAAAGUUAGAGCUGCGCCAAAACCCUUAACAUUGUAACUCUCACCUCCACCCAACAUCUUUCUCUCUCUCUUAUUCACAAACAGUGAUUCCCAACCAGAGGUACAUGUUCCCCAGAGGGUACUUUGAAAAGAUUUUGCUAGUGCUUUGUUAAACUUAAAAAAACUGAAGAAAAAAUGUUCACGAUGAAUCUCAGUUUUUCAGUUCUUUUUAAGGAAGGACAACAAAACAAUGUGUGUAGUGUGUGCACGUUUUAUACAUUUGAGUGGAUUUUGGGAAUGUACAGGAAGUGCAACUAUGCGAGUCUGUUUUUAACCCACAACAUCAAUGUUUUAUAAGUAGAUCUACUAAUAUAAUUGAUGAUGUUGAAUGAUAUCUAGUAUUAUAUGAGUUAAAAGCAGCACAUUUCUGGUUUGGUGUUGAUGAAGGUGUAUUUUAGCAGUUCUGAUUGGAGCUGUGGGGGUACAUGAGACAAAAAAGGUUGGGAAACAUUGUACAAACACACACACACACUCACGAUGAAGCACUUCGUCACACUCCCCAUCCCCCUAAGGGAGUCCCUGAGCUAGGCAGAUGGGUGAUCCUUAAAGUGAAGAAAGAACUCAAAAGGUCAAUAGAUUAGCCAGCUUUGAAAUCAAAGGCCUUCUUUAUGUGGAUGCAGAUUCAUCCUAUUUAUUAUUAAUGACUUCCCCAGAGUAUCUCUUGUUUUGUUUUGCUCCUGCAUCCCCCUAUUGUUCAAUGACAGAUAUGACCUGUAUUCUUGACUAAUUGUUCUGUUUAUUAUUAUGUGUUUCGUGAUGUAAUGGUAAGUCGAAUGCAGUCUGUUCGGAAUGCCGUUUGAUUGUUCUCAUCAUACUGUUCAUCAGCUGCAUGAUCUUUCUUUUUAAUGUCAUCUUUUUUUCUGUUUGUUUUUCAGUCAAACGUUGGCCUCAAAAGGCCUCUUCCUCAGAUACACAUGUAAAAGAGGGCAUUUAAUGUUAUAUUUACUUGAUUCCCUCUAAUUACAAAUGUGAAUUGAUUUACAGUACAAGCUCUUGUCACAGUCUCUAGGUCAAGUGACUUUAGAGGUUGUGAGACAACAAUGCAAAAAGUAACCUUAAAGGAAUUGCAUACCCAAAAAUGAAAACUCUUUGAUGAAUUGAAAAGAGCAACCAGUACAUUCUUCAAACAUUUCUCCUUAUAUGUUCUGCAGAACACCGCCAUAUAGGUUAGGAAUGACAUGAUGGUUCGUAAAUGAUUUGAGAAUUGUAAUUUCUGGGUGAACUAUUCCUUUAAACAUUAAUGCUCAUAUAUUUAUACCAAUGUAUAGGCCUUCACAAUAAAAUCUUUUAAAUAUAAUGUAAUCAGGUCUGAUGUACACAUAAUCAAGGCUUUCAGUUUCCUUGCAUGUGACAUGACUCUAUUGCAGAUUUGUGCUGGAAGAAAUAAAGAUGUUAGUAGUUCAUUGGACUGAAUGGCAUCUUUGUAUCUUCGUAUCUUCAUUUGCUGGCAUCACAGGAGUGCAUUGUGUAAGAUCAUGCUUUGCAGUGUUUUUAUCAUGAACCACCCCUCUGCAAGUCCUCUCUCUGUCUCUGGUCUCAUCCGUUGUGGUCUUCUUCAUUUUCAGUAUGCAAGAACUAUGUGAUUUCAUUGUCCUGCUGUUUGCCCAUUUAGUGCACAGUAAGCCUGUGAUCAUUUACCAGGUUGAAGAAAGAAUUGGGUUUACCUGAAGCCUGUAUAUAAUGUAUUAUAAAAAUAUUCUUAUUGCAUUCAUGAUGCCUUAUAAUACACCUCAUUAUCAAUUGUAUGUUCUUGUGAGUAAUUGUAUCCACUUUAGUUUAAAUACUUAACCAUAGUUAUAUCUUUAUAAUGUGUAAUGGAUUAAAAAACAUGGUCAAUGUGAUGUCUUAUAAAUCAUGUAUUUUAAUGUGUUAAUUUGUAACAGAAAGUGCCUUAGAAGCCAAUAUUCACAUAUCAUUGAAUACACAACCCUAUAGUCGACAGCAAUUCCUUUUGCAAUUGAGUUUGUCAAUCUGUCCUGUUCCACAGGAUGCGUUAAUGCAUUCCAUCUGCGUGAAUUUAAUUAAAUGUUCAUCAGACGGAUGCUUUGGAGCAUCUCACUUGUUAUUCAACAUCAUUAAAGCUGUGUUUUAGGACGCUAUGUGUCAAGUUAAAAGCUGUUUAAACUUUGAAAAUCGCAUCUCGAGAUGCAUUCUGUUUUGCUUCGCCCAGCUGUCAAAAACACAUCCUGUGUGACCAUCUUUCAACGCUGCUUGUGAGGUUGAGGGGAGCUGACUGCCAACGUGGCAUGUAAAAACUCGAAAUGACUUGUACUAAAAGUUACAGCUUAAAUUGCUCCGAUGGUAGGAAAAUACACACAUUUAUUAUAGAAUGGAAUUUACAUAUGGAUCAGAGGUCAUGAGUGAUUUGUUUUAUGCAUAUUUUUUUUUUUUACAGUUAAUUGCACUAAAUGAACGUGUUAAAUUGACAGCCCAAAUAUGUAUGCAUAUAUACAAAUAUGAAUAUAGGGCAGGACUCAAUUUUAUCCAUUGGGAAUUGAUUGGAUUAUGAAAAGUGGGCAUUUCAUACCGGAAAGAAGCCAGGUAGUUUAAAGGGAGGGGUUUAAAAAUAAGAGGACUUGGUGACGUCAUCUAAAAAAUAAAGUAGUUUUAAAAAGGCAGAGCAAGUUAUUACAUUCUGAUGACAGAUUAUAAAGACAAACAUUUUUAUUUCUUUGCAAUAACAACCCAUUAGCUGAAUCAUGCAAACAUAUAACAAGGAACAUAUAUUAAGAAUGUAAAUAGUGUCUAUUCUGAUUUCAGGUUUACUGUAAUGUUAAUGUAUUACAACUGUGGAGUAUUUAGGGUUGGGAACCAAGAACUGGGUCUUAUUAUUAAAAAUACCAGAACAGAUUGAUUUACAUAACUUUUGGUUUGGUUCAUAGUUCUCAAUCAUGCAUUUUUCCACCGAUGCAGACGCAACACUGUACUAAAACACUAAACACUCAAAGGCACCGGAAUCGUUAAGAGGAAUCAGAACCGGAAUCGUUAAACUCCUUACAAUUCCAAUCCCUAUUUAUGAAAAUAUAUAUUGCAUUACAUUUUAAAUGUGUUUUAUAUAAUGCAUUAUGAAUACUUUUAUAUAAUGCAUUACAUAUACAGGAUUCAAGAAAGUGGUACCAAAUCCAGAGUCAUAGACUGUGUAAUUCUAGAACCUGAUUCUGGUAAAACUGCAAAAUUUGGUAAUGAAUGAAAGGAAGUAUUGAUUUCUUCAUUCUAGCUGUGGAACACAGUCUUGAGGGCCAAAGGGGGCUCUUCUCUGCUCUGCUGUGCUCUGAUAAGUUACAGGGUGAGGGCCUUUUCUUGUAUUUUGCAGCCUUUUCUGACUCAAUUUGUACUAUUAGAAUGUGGGGGUAAAAAGGAGUCCUUGGGAGACAGAGCAGGAAAAGCAAGUGGGGUUGUUCAUGUCCAGUGAGUGUGUGUGUGUGUGUGUGCGCGCUUAGCACAGGUGCUAUCUAUAGUCCAUGCGUUCUGAAACAGGACAGAAAAAUAUAUACAUAAAAAAAAUAUAUAUAUGUAAUGUGAAGGGGCCUCAGAUUUAACUGUGAUGAUGUGAUUUGUGAUUUCUCUCUGCUUGCUCAUCUUUAUUGACAUAAAUAAAUGCAAACGCAUAAACA